AUGGCGUUCCUACGGCAAAUGCGCACCCCUCUGCUCUCUUUAAUCCAAACAGUUGCGUCUCUCUGCUUGGCUGCCAUGGUGCUCACUUCCUCCUACUGGUGCGUGGGUAAACAGAAGGUACCCAAGCCCCUCUGUUCGCCCGUCAAACAUAGCAAAUGUAUCCCAGUGCCCGGGGUGUCCAACUCGUCCAGCAUUCAGUUCUCUUGGGAGACAGGAGACGACCGCUUCGUCUUCCCAGUCUUUCACACGGGACUGUUUAUCACUUGCGAGGAGAACAUCUACACAGAUGCAUGGGAGGAAAAGUGUCGAGGGUUCUACACUUUGACUCCAGGAUCUGAAAAAGCAAUGAUGUGGUUGUCGCUGUCCUUGGAGCUCAUGUACGUGGGUCUGCUGUUGAUCAGCUGCAUACUACUGUCUGUGCAGUUGUGCAUCAGGGCCUGGUUUCCUAAAACACAGCACUGGGGUCAGCUCCUUAAUGCGUUUGCGGCUGUCUUCACUGUCCUGGGAGGUCUUCUUGGAAUGGUGGGGCACAUGAUGUUCAUGCAGGUGUUUCAGACGACAGUGUCCAUGGGCCCGGAGGACUUCAAGCCUCAUAGUUAUGGUUAUUCUUGGGCGUUUUAUGUGGCUUGGUUUGCCUUCACUGUCUGCAUGUCAGCUGGCGUCUCCACCCUGAAUAACUACACAAAGAAGGUCCUGAUGGUGGGAGCCCGACUUAACGCAAGCCUCAAUCCCUUCAACUUUGUGGGACUCCUGCCCCCAGCUCCUUACUACGCUGCGCCAAACUCUGGCAUCGCCCAACCUUAUUCGCAGGCGCGUGCGCAAAUCUCCCAUUUAUCCCCAUACUACGAACAGCCAUCAACCAAGUUACCACCGCCCGGUAAGCCUUCCCGCUCUGUUCCUCUACCUCAUUCCAUGUCCUUCCCUCCUCCAUCUUCCCACCCUAUGUCUCCGUCCCUUUUGCACUGCUUUUCCCUUCCAUCUCCAUCUCACUCAGCCAGCUCACCUGUUGUUGUCCACGGAGUCUUGAAAGAUCACCAAGAGAACGUGGUCCCACAUUACACACCAGAUCAAUACUACAGCCCUCUUUGA